AUGAAUAGUACAAGAGAUAAGGAUAGUCACCCACAUGGUCAAGACCAGAAAAAUAGGGACGAUCGCUACCAAUCUCAAACAUCCUUCCGACAAAACAAUCAACAAGGCAAAGAUCAAGCAAAAGAUCGUGGCCGCAAAGACAAAGAUUUUAGUCAACACAAAGGCAACAAUCAUAAUAGCAAGAACAACAGCAGGAGUGUGAACAAUAAAAACAGUAACAAUCAUGAGCAGGGUAAUAGCGGUGCAGGAGGUGGCAAUAUUGAAGAUACCCGGCCUGAUCCAUUAAGUCUACUCUCGAUCACAGGACGAUUGGGAUCAUUAACACCUCAUAAACCCUUUUUUGGGAACUCACGUGUUGUUGACGACUUUGAAAAGCUUAACAAAGUGGGCGAAGGAACUUAUGGCGUUGUAUACCGUGCACGAGACAAAAAGACGAACGAGGUUGUGGCGCUCAAACGGAUUAGAAUGGAGCGUGAGAACGAUGGGCUCCCAAUAUCAUCACUUCGAGAAAUUAAGUUGCUCAAAACUCUUCGGCACGAUAAUAUUGUACUAGUCAAGGAUGUUGUUGUUGGAUCAGACCUCGAUCAAAUUUUCCUCGUGAUGGAGUAUUGUGAACAUGACAUGGCAGCACUUAUGGAUAAUGUCAAGAAACCAUAUACGCCAGCAGAAGUUAAAUGUUUAAUGUACCAGCUGUUAAAAGGUAUUGAAUAUUGUCACGAUCAUUUUGUUGUUCAUCGAGAUCUCAAGCUGUCAAAUCUGCUUCUCAAUAGCCAGGGCAUCCUAAAGAUCGCCGAUUUCGGCCUUGCGCGCUCAUUUGGACUACCUUCAAGACCUAUGACACCCAAGGUUGUAACACUAUGGUAUCGUGCACCAGAACUACUAUUCGGAGACUCUAAUUACACAACUGCAGUGGAUAUGUGGUCUGCAGGAUGUAUCUUUGGAGAGCUCUUGAAGCAUGCGCCACUCUUGCCAGGGAAGGUCGAAAAACAGCAGGUUGAUUUGAUUAUCGAGUUAUUAGGCACGCCACACGAGAAGAUCUGGCAAGGGUUUAACAAAUUACCCAUGUCGAGUAUCAAGCUCCCAGAACAAAGAUUUAAUAAUCUCAGAAACAAAUUUCCAAAUAUUACGGAUGCAGCGCGAUCUUUGCUCAGUGGAUUAUUGACGUAUGAUCCAAAGAAGCGCCUAUCUGUGAAGCAAGCAUUAGCACAUCCAUAUUUUAUCGAAUCACCGCCUGCAAAACAUCCUUCCCUACUACCUACCCAUCCAGAAAUGAGGAAUCUCUUGAGCACAAGGUAA